AUGUUAAGACGACGAUUGUUCACGGCAUUGGUAAAUAUGCGACCUUUUCUUAAAGAACGACAUCUGAGUUCUGAAUUAUCAGAAGAUGAAUAUGAAAAAUUAGCUAACGAAACGUUGAACAAAUUAGCAGAUUAUCUGGAUUCUUUUCCCGACAGAUUUAGCUGUGACAGAGAUUAUGAUGUAAACUCGUCUAUGGGUGUCGUUACGGCUAAAAUAGGUCGAAAGGCAGGUACUUAUGUUAUCAACAAACAAACACCAAAUCGACAAAUUUGGUUAUCUUCACCUUUGUCCGGUCCAAAACGGUUUGAUCUGGUUGAUCAAAAAUGGAUAUGUACACGCGAUAAUAUAUCACUGGAUAUCUUGCUGAAUAAUGAAUUCCGAAAGAUUUUUGAAACAGAAAAGAUUGAUUUUAGUAUAUGUUUAUAA